UAUUUAGGACAAAAGCCGCAUUACAUAGGGUUUAUAAAUACGAACAGUUUUUGAUAAGAGUAGGCUACAUUAGGCACCUCCAGACUAUUUUCUACUGGGACUAGCAUAUCUUUUCACUUUCAAAUGCUGUUUAAAGUAAACUGAGAUUAUUUAUCUAAAAUGAAAACACCAUGUCUUCAAAACCGACCCAAUGUGUAACGUCUAUCUACUCUACAUGAAAAUCGAUACCAAAUAGGGAUGGCCCAAACACCUGCAACAGCGUCGACAUUUUGACUUGUAAACAUAAACAGAUAACACAGAUGGUAAAGUAGCUGCUCUUCUUCGCCCAACGGGACAUUCCGGUUUCGCGUAGAAGGGGUUGCGCACAGACAAUUCUGUUUUGGCACCAUUAGGUCAUUUUUGGUUAGAAGCGCCGAUGGCUCCCCAAAAUGCACCGAGUCUCCGCUCUCGUCUGCCGCCUCUGCUUUUUUUCCUGCAGACGGGAUUCAUCGUAGUAUUUAUUUUUUAUGUUGAAAUUGAACAAAAUGUAGAAACGAAACAACAUGCAUUCACCAACUAUUACUCAGAAUUCCAGGAUGUUCAUGUGAUGGUGAUUCUGGGUUUUGGCUUUCUGGCCACAUUCCUGGUGCGGUACAGCUUCAGUGGUGCAGGAUUUACCCUCCUAGUGGCAGCCAUGGCUGUCCAGUGGGCAGUUAUCCUGAACGGCGUUGAGUCUUUGUAUCACAGAGGAAAGAUCUGGAUAAAUAUGAGAAGCUUGGUUGUUGCAGAGAUGUGCACAGCUUCCUCCCUCAUUGCCAUAGGUGCUAUCCUUGGGAAGACCAAUCCUGUCCAUCUCCUUCUUAUUGCCCUGCUGGAGGUCUCAGGGUUUGUGCUGAAUGGCUGGCUACUCCAGACAUUCCUAAAGGUGCAGUUUCUGAAUACCAUCAUGCUGCUCCACAUUUUUGGGACCUUCUUUGGACUGAUGUUGUCAUGGGUCCUGUACCAACCGGGAUCCGAGCAACAGCAUGAGAAAGAGAAAAUUGACCGCAAGACCGGUCUGUUCUCUGUAAUGGGGACUCUGUUCCUGUGGAUGUUCUGGCCCAGUUUUAACUCUGUGCUGGUAGAGGUGGAUCAUCCUGACAGGGGGAGGAACCUGAGAGCUGUCUACAGCACCUACCUGGCCCUAGCAGUCAGUGCCGUCACAGCUGCUGGUUUCUCUGUCCUCACCAGUCCCCAAGGGAAACUCAACCUGUUUCAUAUUCAGAGAUGUACUCUUGCUGGUGGUGUUGCUAUUGGAGUUGCUAUGUCAGCCGUUAAUUUGCCGUGGGUAGCUAUGGCGGUUGGAUUUGCUGCUGCACUGAUAUCAACCUUGGGAUCCCGAUACAUUAAGCCCCUCAUGCUGUUUGCGUUUGAGUGCCAUGACACCUGCGGAGUCCUUAGUGUCCAUGGUCUGCCUGGUAUCCUGGGGUGGAUGGUUCAACUUCUCCUACAGAUUGCCGACUCUGAUGAUCUCACAACGGCCGUCCGAUUUGCUGUGUUCCACAUUUGCACGCUCCUCAUCACCCUGAGUCUGAGCAUGAUUCUGGGACUCAUCACAGGUUUCCUUCUGAAAUGUAAUUUCUGGAGGCCACCCCAGAAAAAGAAAUGCUUUGAUGACCAGGCCUACUGGGAGUUUCCCCACCUAGUGGUGAAACAGUGAGAGGUUGGAAGAGAAAAAUAAAGAAGUAUUGUGUCAGGAGAGCAAUGCACAAUUCAACCAUACAAUAUUCCAAUGCAUCUUCAACUUAUUUAAUUUUUCAAAUGUUUAGUAUGUGAAAACUGCACUGUAAUAUGCGAUUGUGAUUGCUUUGUGUUAGUCAAACUUCAAAUAUUAGCCAAGAGAACAGAGAAACUGGCCUGUGAGAGAUGUGAAUAAUGACUCGUCAUCUCACGCGUGUUGUACAUUUUCUGUUUAAUGCUGCCAUGGUUGUUCAGGAUCAGAAAAGUGACCUCAUGGUUAGGUUAUUAUACAAGUACUGUAAAAUGCAUAAGCAUUACAGUCAAA